AGCCCGCGGGGAGCUGGGGCAGCCGUAACGGAGCGGGCUCUCAAGCGCAGACGGCUGCAUCCCACGGUGUCCCGUCCGUGUCUGUCGGCGUGACGAGCAGGCGGUGGCCAGGGUGGCGACGGCGACGGAGCGCUUGUGAGCCGGGACCCGGGUCCGAGGCGCGCUCUCCGCCCAUAGUAAUGAGGCGUCAGACGGCAACAGCAUUACGGACUGCAGCCCUCAAGUGCGCACGGCCCCAGAGGGUUUCAGCCCUGACUGGCACAACCGCGGCCAACAGUGACUUGGCGAGUCUUUUUGAGUGUCCGGUGUGCUUUGACUAUGUGUUGCCACCCAUUCUUCAGUGUCACAGUGGCCAUUUUGUUUGUAGCAACUGUCGCCCAAAGCUCACCUGUUGUCCAACAUGCAGGGGCCCCUUGGGAUUCAUUCCCAACUUGGCGAUGGAGAAAGUGGCCAAUUCAGUCCUUUUCCCUUGUAAAUAUGCCUCUUGUGGGUGUGGAAUAACUCUGCCACACACAGAAAAAGCAGACCACGAAGAGCUCUGUGAGUUUAGGCCUUAUUCCUGUCCCUGCCCCGGUGCGCACUGUAAGUGGCAAGGCUCUUUGGAUGCUGUCAUGCCCCAUUUGAUGCAUGAGCAUGAGUCCGUUACCAAGCUACAGGGAGAGGACAUAGUUUUCCUGGCUACAGACAUUAAUCUUCCUGCUGCUGUGUACUGGGUGAUGAUGCAGUCCUGUUUCGGCGUUCACUUCAUGUUAGUCUUGGAGAAACAGGAAAAAUAUGAAGGUCACCAAAAGUUCUUUGCAAUUGUACAGCUGAUAGGAACACGCAAACAAGCUGAAAAUUUUGCUUAUCGACUUGAGCUACAUGGUAAUAGACGGCGACUGACUUGGGAAGCCACCCCUCCAUCUAUUCAUGAGGGAAUUGCAACAGCCAUUAUCAAUCGUGACUGUCUAGUCUUUGACACCAGCAUUGCACAGCUUUUUGAAGAAAAUGGCAAUUUAGGCAUCAAUGUAACUAUUUCCAUGUGUUGAAAUGCAAAUUAAACAUUUUCUGGCCAGUGUUUAAAAUCAUUGUAUUCAAUUUCACAGAGAAUAUGUACUCAUUUGCCUGCCUACCUUAACUUUUGGGAAGUGGAAAUUAGACACAUGAAGGUAAAUAAAGGGAAAGCCUGUUAAAUACAGGAUAUAGUUGCAUGUAGUAACACUAAUAUAUUAAAAAUAAGUCAAUAGUAAACCAUUGAAAACAAUAUCUACACAUGGAUACAACCAAGAUGGGCAUCUUUUGUAUUAAGAAAGGAAGCAUUGUAAAAUAAUUCUGGAUUUGUGUUUGUUGUAGAUUGAGUGUACUCUUGAAAAAUAAUGGGUUUUUAUUUUUUUGUUUUGUUUUGUUCUGUUUUUGAGUGUGUGUGUGUGUGUCUGUGUGUGUGUGUGUGUCUGUGUGUCUGUGUGUGUCUUCAUUUUCCUUUAACAAGCCAUGUUGUAUGGUCUUUGACUACUGCUUUUCACCUUUGCGAGUCAAUACAUAGUGCUGCUGCUGUGUGUA